UGUUGAACCAGUUUAUUCACGAAUUAUACAAUUUAAUAAGUGCAUUUUAUUCAUCGCUGUAUAAUAUUAUUAUGGCGUGUUUUAAAGUGGUAAAAGUUUUAUUCUAUAUUAUUAUCGGUUUUAGCCGCUCGACGUUGUGUUAUAAGCUGUUGAAAAAUGACGAGAUGAAGUGUCCAGAAGUCAGGGCCAGGAGCAAUUGUGAUCUAGACGCAAUUAAAGGCGCGUGGAACGUGAUAGAGUACUACGCAAGUUCGGAAGAGGUGGAGAUCUAUAGAUGCAUGAGAUCGACGUUCAAUCUAUCGCCGGACACGCCGGAGAUUUCCAUGGACUUUACGUACAGCUAUGCGGACGACCCAGACAACGAGAUGCUGACCGGCAACAUCACGUGGAAUAUACCAAGCUUCGAGCAUCCCGGUCAUUGGGUUCACAUGGAAACACCAUACGAAGGCGUUUACAACACGUUCGUGCUGGACUGUAAGGACACGUGGGCGGUGCUUUUGCACUGCGCCGAGAAACCGUCCAGCCCGCGAUACUUGUCUAGCAUCCUGUUGUCCAGGGACAGGACGGUGCCGGUAAACGUGCGCAGUUACGUGCACGAUAAAUUGCCCAAGUACGGCGUCCAGCUCGAGUACACAUUCCCUAUGGUUCAGGACGAUUGCAGUCCUGCCGUCAUCCCGUUGUACUACGGUACGAAAACGGCCGGCGACAAGAAGACCGGGUCUGGGAGUAACAUUUUCAAGCAUCCUAUGUUGCACAACGACCGAAGCAAUAAGCAGCAAACCGAAAUCGAUACCAAUAACCAAUAAUUACUGAUACUGUAUAUUGUAAACGCAUUAAUAUCGAUUUGCUUUAACAUAUUUUAGUAAAAUUAAGUAUACAUAAAACGUGAUCGAUACACAUAAUUAUUAUGUCUAGA